CCGUGCUAUCGAGGGCCAAGUCUACUUAAGUCCUAGUGGUCUUCUAGUUAAUCAUUUUCGGUCCCAGCACACCCGCCGUGCCUGCGCUGUCUGUCCACAAGCUGACCCCGGUGUCUGGGCUCCUCUUCACCCUUCUCUGAUACCUUGCCCUUCGUUCCACCCCUUGCUGUCCCGCUCUCCUCAGAGUUCUGGAGUCCCGUCCAAUAAGAGCGUUUGACUUGGAAAGGAGAUGGCAAGGCUGGAACUACAGCUGCCCAUGCUGUAAAGGUUCUGGUAGAUGUUUGUCUCAGCCUGUCUCCUUUUCGCCCUCCACAUUGCAUUGCUUUGCUUUCCGUUAUGCAGAAAGAGGAGGAUGUCUGCUCUGAGGCUGGCUAUUGUUUGGAUACCACCCUAAGUUCCUGGGGGCUUCAUUUCAUGGAGGAGCAUUCACAGUUCACCAUGCUGAUGGGGAUUGGAAUUGGAGCCCUCCUCACACUGGCCUUUGCUGGUGUUACCAUCUUUUUUGUGUACAGAAGGGUGAGCAGAUUGCGACAAGCAGGGCCCACUCCUCAGUACAGGUUCCGAAAGAGAGACAAAGUAAUGUUUUAUGGCCGGAAGAUCAUGAGGAAGGUGACCACGCUUCCUCAUACCUUGGUUGGGAAUAGCAAUGCACCCCGGCAACGUGUCAGGAAGAGGACCAAAGUACUCUCCUUGGCCAAAAGGAUUCUGCGCUUUAAGAAAGAAUACCCUACUUUGCAGCCAAAAGAGCCCCCACCCUCCCUGCUAGAGGCUGAUCUUACAGAGUUUGAUGUGAAGAACUCGCAUCUGCCAUCAGAAGUUUUGUACAUGCUGAAAAAUGUUCGGGUCCUGGGCCACUUUGAGAAACCGUUGUUCCUGGAGCUUUGCAAACACAUGGUCUUUGUACAGCUGCAAGAGGGAGAGCAUGUAUUUCAGCCUGGGGAGCCUGACACCAGCAUCUAUGUGGUUCAGGAUGGACGGUUGGAGGUCUGCAUCCAAGAUGCUAAUGGCACGGAGGUGGUGGUCAAAGAAGUUCUGCCAGGGGACAGUGUCCACAGUCUCCUCAGCAUUCUGGAUGUGAUCACUGGCCACACUGCACCAUACAAAACAGUUUCUGCUCGUGCAGCUGUUUCAUCCACCAUUCUUUGGCUUCCCGCCGCAGCUUUUCAAGGGGUUUUUGAAAAAUACCCUGAAACUCUGGUGAGGGUGGUACAGAUCAUCAUGAUACGGCUGCAGCGGGUGACUUUCUUGGCCCUGCACAACUACCUGGGGCUGACUACUGAGCUCUUCAACCCUGAGAGCCAAGCCAUCCCCCUCUUGUCAGUAGCCAGUGUGGCAGCUGGACGGGCCAAGAGACAGAUGUCAUAUGGCCAAGAGGAGCAGCUUGAGAGAUCCCCAAGGCCCCUGGAGUCCUCCAACUCAGAUCAUGGGAGCAGCCGCUCGACAAUCUGUGGGCCUCUGCUGAAGAGGAGCUGCUCCGUACCUCUGCCUUCCAUCCAUGUGGAGAUCUCAAAUGAACUCUGGCAGUCCCAGGGAAGUGGCUCAAAUCCUUCAGCCUCCCAAGAAAGCCACGAGGGGGCCACCUCAGACCUGGGAAUGGCAUACAACCAUGCCAGGGUUUUGCCACACUCAGAUGAGCAACUUGGGAACUAUGUGGCCAGCAAGUCCAAGAAAAAUGUGGUUGUUGCAGAGAUCCCCUCUGCCAUCUUCCACUACUCAGAAAAUUCCAGGGAUGAGCCUGGGGCCAGUGGUAAGACAGAUGCUGUCUUCAGAGCUGCCACACAGGACCUCCUCACCCUGAUGAAGCUAGAUGACCCAUCCCUGUUGGAUGGCCGGGUAGCAUUUCUUCAUGUUCCUGCAGGCACCAUAGUGUCAAAACAGGGAGAUCAGGAUGUCAGCAUCUUGUUUGUGGUCUCGGGGCUGCUACAUGUAUACCAGCAAAAGAUCGACAGCUUGGAGGAUACAUGCUUGUUCCUCACACAGCCGGGGGAAAUGGUGGGCCAGCUGGCAGUACUUACUGGAGAGCCUCUCAUGUUCACCAUCAGAGCCAACAGAGACUGCAGCUUUCUGUCCAUCUCUAAGGCCCACUUCUAUGAGAUCAUGAGGGAACGGCCAGAUAUCGUCCUGGGUGUGGCACACACAGUUGUGAAGAGGAUGUCGUCCUUUGUUCGGCAGAUUGAUUUUGCUCUAGACUGGAUGGAAAUAGAGGCUGGACGUGCCAUCUACAGGCAAGGGGACAAGUCUGACUGCACAUACAUCGUCCUCAGUGGCCGGCUGCGCUCUGUGAUCCAGAAGGAUGAUGGGAAAAAACGCCUGGCAGGGGAAUAUGGCCGAGGAGACCUUGUUGGUGUGGUGGAGACACUAACCCACCAGGCCAGAGCAACCACGGUGCAUGCCGUCCGGGACUCAGAACUGGCCAAGCUGCCAGCAGGAGCUCUGACAUCCAUCAAGCGCAGAUACCCACAGGUUGUAACCCGACUGAUUCAUCUCUUGGGUGAGAAGAUCUUAGGCAGCCUCCAGCAGGGGUCUGCAACAGGUCACCAACUUGGACUUUAUACAGCAAGCAGCAAAUGGGACAUGGGGAACCCACCUGGCAACUUAUCCACGGUGGCAGCAAUGCCUGUGUCUGAGGAUGUGCCCCUCACUGCCUUUGCUCUGGAGCUCCAGCACGCCAUCAGUGCCAUUGGUCCUGUCCUGCUGCUGACCAGUGACAACAUCAAACAACGCCUUGGUUCUGCUGCUCUAGACAGUAUCCAUGAGUACCGGCUGUCCAGUUGGCUAGGGCAGCAGGAAGACAUCCACCGGAUUGUACUCUAUCAAGCAGAUAGCACACUCACACCCUGGACUCAGCGCUGCAUCCGUCAAGCUGACUGCAUCCUCAUUGUAGGCUUGGGUGAUCAAGAGCCAGCAGUAGGUGAGCUGGAGCAGAUGCUGGAAAGCACAGCUGUGCGUGCCCAGAAGCAACUAAUCUUGCUGCACAAAGAGGAGGGUCCAGUGCCUGCCCGAACAGUAGAGUGGCUCAACAUGCGAAGCUGGUGCUCUGGCCACUUGCAUCUCUGCUGCCCACGCCGUGUCUUCUCUAAGAGGAGCUUGCCCAAGCUGAUUGAGAUGUACACGCGUGUUUUCCAAAGACCACCAGACCGUCAUUCAGAUUUUUCCCGCUUGGCACGGGUGCUGACAGGCAAUGCCAUUGCCUUGGUGUUUGGAGGUGGUGGAGCAAGAGGCUGUGCCCAGGUAGGUGUCCUCAGGGCCCUAGCAGAGUGUGGCAUCCCCGUGGACAUGAUCGGAGGGACAUCCAUUGGGGCUUUCAUGGGUGCCCUGUUUGCUGAGGAGCGGAGCUACAGCCAGAUGCGGAUCCGAGCCAAGCAGUGGGCAGAGGAUAUGACAUCAAUGAUGAAGACUAUACUGGACCUGACUUACCCAAUCACAUCAGUGUUCUCUGGCAGUGGCUUCAAUAGCAGCAUCAGCAGCAUCUUCAGAGACCGGCAGAUUGAGGACCUGUGGCUCCCCUACUUUGCCAUCACCACCGACAUCACAGCCUCUGCCAUGCGAGUUCACACAGAUGGCUCUUUGUGGAGGUAUGUCCGUGCAAGCAUGUCCUUGUCAGGCUACAUGCCCCCACUCUGUGACCCUAAGGAUGGACACCUGCUGAUGGAUGGGGGUUACAUCAACAACCUCCCAGCUGAUGUGGCAAGAUCCAUGGGUGCAAAGGUUGUGAUUGCCAUUGAUGUUGGCAGCCGGGAUGAGACGGACCUCACCAACUAUGGUGAUGCCUUGUCUGGAUGGUGGCUGCUUUGGAAACGCUGGAACCCCUUGGCUACAAAAGUCAAGGUGCUCAACAUGGCAGAGAUUCAGACACGACUGGCCUAUGUGUGCUGCGUGCGGCAACUAGAGAUGGUGAAGAACAGUGACUACUGCGAGUAUCUGAGGCCUCCCAUUGAUAGCUACCGCACCCUGGACUUCGGCAAGUUUGAUGAGAUCUGUGAAGUUGGAUAUCAGCAUGGGCGGACAGUGUUUGACAUCUGGGUUCGGAGUGGUGUACUGGAGAAGAUGCUGCAGGACCAGCAGGGGACAAGCAAGAGGAAGGACUGUGGGUUGUUCACCUGCCCCAAUGCCUCCUUCACGGACCUUGCUGAGAUCGUGUCAAGAAUUGAGCCGGCCAAGGUGGCUGUAGUGGAUGAUGAAUCUGACUAUCAGACAGAGUAUGAGGAGGAGCUUCCAGACAUCCCCAAGGAAACAUAUGCCGACUUCCAGAGUGCUGGGACUGAGUUGGACUCUGACUCGGAGGAUGAGCCUUCACUGUGGCAAGGGCCCCUCUGCUUGACUUCCUCAGAACAGUCCCAGGACUCCUGCCCUUGGCAACCUGAACAAGAUGACCAAGAGCCAAAACGCUAAUGCUCUCCUUGCCCGGGCUUUCACAAUACAGCACAGUCCUCCCCUGGGCCUCACCUAUAGACUGAGGCUACAUCCACUCCUUGGAGGCUACAUCAGUUGCCUGACAAGAUCAAGCAGGGUGGUGUGUCUGUCUGGUUUCUUCCAGUGACCUGGGCUGUGUUAGAGAAGUCAUGGGCCUCUUCUCUUCACUGGUACCCCUUGUAUCCCCACAACGAUACUGAAGAGUGGCCCUGAAGCCUCUGUGAGGCAUGGGAUGGGCAUCUUAAUAAAAGCCAAUCCGAUUGUGUGGAUAUUU